UAAGGUCCAGGGCGAGCAGUACCAUGGAAAGCAUACUUGCACCCGACCCGAACUUCCUUCCACCACACUCCUCCAGAACACGAUUCCACCUCCCCCUCUCACAUCCCCAUGGCGACCUUCGCAUCACCCGUCCGCCGCGGCGACUUCCUCUACAGCUCCGUGCUGUACGCCGAUGCUGGAAAUGGAAAUCACCACGCGCGCGCCAGCGUUGCCGAACUUGCUGCGCUCCUGCGCCCGGAAGCCCCGAAACUCUACUCCAAGUCGAAGAAACCAGCCCCAGCCCAGCCAGCUAAAGAUCCCGUGUGGCACUUCUACAGUGCUCAGCUCAUCCACCAUGGCCUUCCUGUCACCAAGGAGAAAAAUGCUGCGAAGGUGUGGCUGUUGAAUGCGCUGAAUCAGUUCAAGCUCGAGGUGCCGGCGUGGAUCCUGAACCCUGAGACUGAGCUCAAGAAGGACGGACACAUUGCUGUGCAGGGAUCUAACCAGGGCGUCAAUGUGACAGUCAAUCUAUCUCUCGGGUCCGGCCUCUCGAUGGUGGAGCAACUCGGUAUAUCGCAAGCGGGUAAAGGCGGACAACAGCAGCAGAAGGGCUCGGCCGGAAAGCGAAAGCGGGAGGAGACCGAACCACCAAAAGCGAAAGCCACCCCGAAGAAGGCCGCAGCGAGCGCGAAGUCCAAAAUCAGACAGCAACCUCCCCCCCGUAAUGAGUCCUGGCCAACUUCAACGAAGCCCAGCACGCCAACUAAGAAGCCUCGUAUCAAGCAGGAGUACACCCCCUCCGGCUUCUCCCCACCGACUCCGCGUAUUCAGCCGGACGAUCCCAAGACAAAUACCGCUCUACCGAAGCCGCGAGUCAAGCGGGAGUAUACUCCUUCUCGCUCCUCUUCCGCAUACAUCAAGCAAGAGCCUUCCCCACACGACCCCAUCCAAGAACAGGGCAACAUCCUGCUCAGCGGAACAUACAAGCUCAACUGCCCCACCCUACACGUCAAUCCUCCCUACCUAACCCUCUACCUCGACGAAGACCGCAGCAUCUGGUGGAUCACCUUAACCUACGAUUCUUUCGAUUUCCUCAUCCAGAUGGACCCGGGUCCCAGCUACGAGCCCCUGGGUGUACCUUGUACCCUGGGCUGGCGUGUGCGUGAUGGCGACACCGGAAGGCUGUACUUUGGGAAGGGGUGUACGGGUGAAAUGACGUUCUAUGAAGACCAGACGCUGAGUGGAGUGUUGAAAGGCGUGCCGCGUGUGGGCACAGUAGAGAUUUGGAGUAAAGAGGGUGCCGGGGCCGAGGGAGGUUGGAGACUUCCAGGACGAGUGGGACGACUUCCCGAAGGAGGCUUAUGGGUGGUGAAUAGGGCGGGUUGUAGGGGACUUUAGGUAUGUCUGCCAGAGCAGGUUGAGUGCCUUCAGGCUCCACAGUGUGGUGGAGAGAACUGUUCCCCGCGAUGCGCAUGCACUACCUCAAGCC